AUGUCGGAUAUAGUCGUCAUCCCUCGUCCUGGGGAGAUUAGAGAAAGUCAACCACCAAUUCAAGCACCAUCCGAAGCUGCAUUCGUCGAGACAUUUGGCCAAUUAUUACCACCGGCAUCAUAUCUACAAACACCCAUUGGCAGAGCGGCAUACUAUGAGCUACUACCGCCUUCGUCUUCCGCUGAACCAGGUACAUGUAGCGACUCGGAAAUCUCACGUGUAGUGCUUGUGCAUGGCGUCCAAACUCCCGCCCUCGGACUCCAGCCUUUAGCAAGCACCCUCAAAUCAAAAUUCCCAAAUGCGCACAUCGUGCUCAUCGACCUCUGGGGCCAUGGUCUAACCGACACCCCCAUCGUGGCCCAUGACCCGUCUCUCUUCCAUUCCCUCCUCGACUCCCUCCUUGUGCACCUCAAAUGGGACAAUGCACAUUUUUUGGGAUACUCAUUCGGCGGCUCAACGGUCGCGACUUUUGCCGCUGCGUAUCCGCAUCGCGUCGCGUCAUUUGUGCUUGUUGCCGCUGCAGGUCUGAAAAGGGCGUCGCGGUUUGAUGAGGUGGGAAGCGGCUAUAUGCGCAGUGGAGACGACGUCUCGGAAGAGAAGGUUCAGGAAUGGGUUCUCGACACGCUUGAAGGGGGUCCUUUAAUCGUGUCCCCGGAUUGGGAAGCGAGAGUUGCUAGGGGCGAAGUUGUCGCUGAGGCAAUCAAAGACUGGGAAAUAAAACACCACAGGGGGCAUAUGGCCAGUGUAGUAGGCAUCUUUCGAGAUGGGGGCGUGUUUGAUCGACAAGAUCAGUUUAUUGAGGCGGCAAAGACGGGGAUUAGGAAUAUAUGUGUUGUAGGCGAGUGGGAUGAUUGGUGUACGAAGACGGAUUUGCAGGAGGUUGGAUUCAGGGAUGUGGUUGUUGUGCCGGCGGUGGGACAUGGCGUGGUAAGGGAGAGGGUACCUGAGGUUGCAGGUUUUAUUGAGGGGUUUUGGAAGAGCCUUUAG